AUGGACCAUGGUGCUGGAUUUGUGCACAGGGACAUUGCCGUGCUGGAACAGUCCAGGAGAUCUCUGCUGUUUCAAAAAUGGGGUAGAAAUCUUUCCCAUGACGAGCAGCGUGAAGCGCAGGCUAGCUAUAUCAAGUAUGGAUACAACGUCUACCUGAGCGACCGGCUACCAAUUAAUCGACCGCUACCGGACACCCGGGAUCCCAGGUGUGCUUCGAAGGUGUAUCCGGAGCAGCUUCCGUCUCUCAGCGUGGUUCUCAUCUACCUGAACGAGGCUCUGUCUGUGUUAAAGAGAGCCAUACACAGCAUUAUCCACAGAACACCUGCUCACCUGCUCAAGGAGAUCAUACUGGUGGACGAUCACAGCACUAACGAGGACCUAGGAGAGAGUCUCGAUUUCUACAUUUCCACCACACAGAAGCAGCAUCCUCAGCUGAAAAUCCUCAGAGUGAGACACGAUCGGCAGAUGGGACUCGCCCAAGCUCGGAUCUCUGGUUGGACUGCCGCUAGUGCUGACGUGGUGGCUAUUUUGGACACGCAUAUAGAGGUCAACGUGAUGUGGGCAGAGCCUAUGCUGGCACAGAUCAAGGAGGAUAGGACAGUUGUCACCUCUCCGGUGUUUGACCGAGUCAAUUAUGAUGACCUUGAAGUAGUUUGGUACGAACCUAACGCUCAAGGCUUUGACUGGGCGCUGUGGUGUUUGUACGAGCCUUUCGACCCUGAAUGGUACAAAGAUCAAUUAAAACCUGGAAAGUCUCCAUCUGUUAUGGGAAUUCUGGUUGCAGACAGAGCUUUCCUGGGGGAGAUCGGCAGCCUGGAUGCAGGGAUGGAGGUUUACGGUGGAGAAAAUGUAGAGCUUGGUAUUCGGGUAUGGACGUGUGGUGGGAGCAUUAAGGUAGUGCCGUGCUCCAAGAUCGCCCACAUAGAGAGAUCUCACAAGCCGUACGCACCCGAUCUGACCAAACACAUGAUAAGGAACGCGCUGCGGGUGGCUGACAUCUGGAUGGAUGAGUACAAGUAUCAUGUUAACAUAGCCUGGAACCUUCCACUUAAAGAUCAUGGCAUUGAUUUUGGGGAUACGUCAGAAAGAAAAAAACUCAGGGAGAAACUUGGCUGUAAACCCUUCAAGUGGUACGUGGAGAACGUUUAUCCUAAUCUAGACCACUGGAUCAACCUUUUGGGCUACGGAGGAGUACAAAAUUUAGAUUCGCAGUUGUGCUUGGAUCAAGGUCCUGUCCCGGGUCAUACUCCUGUAGCGUAUACAUGCCACUAUUACAAUCCUCAGUAUACCUUUUACCGAGAAAGUGGCGAGUUUUAUAUCGGUCAGCUCACAUCACAUAAAUACAAGGAAAACAGAUGUCUGGCAGAUCCUGGCACGGGGAACGUCCCUGGCUUAUACAAAUGCAGAGAAGCCUUGAUGAAGAACAUGGGCAUUUACUGGGAUUUUAAGCAGGGUGGUGAACUGCGCAACCGCAAGACGAACAGAUGUUUGGAAAUCCACCAUCACACUCUUGUUAUUCAGAACUGCUCAGGACAACGAUGGCGCAAGAAAUAUGUCAUCAGACCUUUCUGAUGGUUUAUCUGUCUCGUUUCCAUUGACAGUCAGUCAGUCAGUCUACCGGCACAAAGUUCAUGUAAAACUCUGAGUUUAUGUUCUGGAUAUAAAUAACUAAGAAUACAACAAGACGAGAAUCCUGAACAGAGGAUAUGAAUAAUUCUCCUUUCUAGUUUUUAUGAAAAAAACAGGGCAGUGGUGGCUCAAGUGGUUGUUGAUCAGAAGAUCAGGGUUCCUGGGUUCCAUAUUAAUAAACAGGAUAUUUAUUAUAAGGAUAUAUAUACAGUAUAUAGUCAUUCAUAAGAAGGGCCCCGUUGAUCAGAAGAUCAGGG